GCAGCCUGCUGCUGCACCACAACCAGCUGACCGCCACCCUGCGGCUCACGCUGCACGCGGCCGCGCCGCCGCUGCUGCUCGUCGACCUGGCCGACAACCUCAUAGACCAGCCCGUCGACGUGCUGCGCGGCGACAAGCUGGCGGAUGAGCCGUGGACAGAGUGGCUCAACCUGAGCUGGAACCAGCUACAGACGCUGCCCCGCUCAGAUGCAAGACGCCUCCAGCGGUCUGCCUCGUAUGCCGUAGUCCUGCACGACAACCCCUGGGAUUGCUACGUGUGCGAGACGGCACCUCUCAAGGAAUGGAUCCUACAGCCUGAGGACGAGAGGCCCGCGGUUGCGGGCGAGGUGUUCUGCGCGAAGCCGGCGGCGCUGGCGGUGCGCUCGCCGACCGUGCUGGACGGCUGCAGCUUGGUGGACAUCGCGGUGGCGGUGGGCGUGCCGAUGGCGGCGCUCGGGCUGCUGGCCGGGCUCGUGGCGGCGCUCUGCUACUCCUACCGCUUCGAGCUCACCUACCUGCGCCACAUACUCGGCGUCAAGAUAGGCGCCGCCAGGCGCGGCCGCCGACGCCCGGGCGCCGAGGGCGCCGCCGACGACCACGACUUCAAGUACGACGCCUUCGUCAGCUACAGCGCGUCGGACCGCGAGUGGGUGCUGUACCGGCUGCUGCCCGGCCUGGAGCGAGCCCCGGAGCGCUUCCGGCUGUGCCUGCACGAGCGCGACUUCGCGCCCGGCACCUUCAUCACCAUCAACAUCGUCUCCUCCAUGCAGGCCUCGCGCCGCAUGAUCGUCGUCCUCAGCGAGGCCUUCGUCUCCAGCCAGUGGUGCCAGUGGGAGCUGGACAUGGCGAAGCACCAGGUGUGGGAGGACGGCAGCGACUUCCUGCUGCUGCUGGAGCUGGAGCGGCUGGAGCGGCGGCGGCUGCCGCGCCACCUGCGCGACUUCAUGGAGACGCGCACCUACCUGGAGUGGCCGGCGCGGCCCGCGGCCGAGGCGGACGAGGCGGCGGCCUGGGGCAAGCUGCGCGACGCGCUCAGCCCGAGCCUGCACCAGCAGCGGCAGCGGGCCCGCCAGCUGCAGCGCGCCGCCAGCCAGCGCCGCCGCCAGCAGCAGCACCGCGACCACCAGCUGCACCAGCUGCACGGGAGGCGCUCCGCCGCCGACGACGCCGACGACGCGUGA